AUGGAGGAAACUUUUGACGUUCUCUCCGACGUCUUUUCACAUUUAGACGAGACAAAUGAAUUAAGUUUGAGUGACCUUUUGAGAGUGCAGAAGGAAGUCUCACGCAUUUCCGAACCGAUUGAUUACACGGUGUUUUUCGACUCGAUCAUUUUCAGUUCGUUAUCUCAAAAAGAGGCGUUUUUAACACAGAAAUCGGACUGUUGUAAUUGUGCGCUGUUUGAUGAUUAUUACAUCUGCAAGUGUGACCCACGAGUGACGUUAUAUUUCUGUCCCGCGUGUAAUUCCCAUUUAGAUCCUUCGACGCACACUCCACUUCAAGACUCAAUCACUUCACUCCGCUGUCAAGGCAAGAUGAAUCAUCUCAAAGGGACUGUACCUCUUUAUGCCAUUUGUAACUGUGGAAACACGUGCACUGAUCUGAAAUGCACACAUAUCAAUUGCACGAAGGAUCGAAAUAGUUGUACAGAGCAUAAGAAGUACACUGACUAUAUGAAACGAUGUUCAAAUAAAGAUAUAGAGAAUGGCUUAGAAAAGCUCGCAUUAGUCUUAUUAGACUAUUUAGACGAUAGAAAGGAGGUCGAAGCUGUUUGUCUUCUUAAGUACUUGAUCGACUUAUUUAACUCCUUUCAACUGGCAUACAACUUUGAGUUCAUUUUGUCCUCCAAAAGAUUUGUCGAUGAGGGCUGCCAAAAGUUUUACGACUUCUUUAACUCAGGACAGAACUUAGUCUCAAAGCUCUGCGACUUCGCAGCAAACUAUAACUCACUCAAUCAAACUAUAACAAAGCUUUUAAUCACUUUAUUAGCACAAAUAAAGAACAAAAAGAGCUUCGACAUCGAAAGUGGUGAGUCAAACUUCUUCUAUUUCGCUAAGGCAGUGCACAACAAGUCUUUCCCCGUGUUACAAAGUGAUCAACUCAUUAACACCUUCACCUUUUGCUUAUUCGGUAACACCGUUUUUAUGACUCACCACAAACAAAACUCGUUGUGCCUCACCGCAGUCUUCUCGCUACUCGUUGAGAAGAACACAAAACUUAAACUCCUCAACGAGCAGAGUAAAGUUGGGGCUUCCGACAACCCCUUUGAGAACAAAGACUUUGUGUAUAAGAAGACGUCCCAAAAUGUACCUCAAAAGGAGUCGAAUAAGAACACUUUGAAGAGCAAUUACGCGUCUUUCUUCGUCUCUUUGACUGCUACAAAAGCACUUUUUAUUAACAGGUUUUCCCACGACGACUACUUAGAAAUGUUCCGAUGCAUCUUAGAGUCCGACUCGACGCAAAACGCGCUGUUCUUCUCCGUCGCGAGCUUCACGGGGAAGCUCAUGUUCUCUUCAAAGAAGACGCCGGACCUCUACACUUCGAUGCAGAUGAAGCUCUUUGAGAUCCCUUUGAUCUGUUUGAACGCGAUCUUCAUCAACGCGACUCACACCGACGCUAAGAGUCUUCGGAAGAUCGUCCCUCCUCUCUUGCAACGGAUCUCCGCCGAAUUCACUAAUAUGGAGACGUCCGCCACACACGCGGAGAUCUGUAGAACCACAACAGGAGACUUUAGAUAUGCGCCGCUGAUCUCUCGAGUCUUAGGAUUCAUCGAAAGAGUCUGUUGGGCAAAGACUGAGAUGGACUUAGCAACACUGAGGUCUGGAAAGAAGAGGAAAAUCGCAAAAGAGGACUUCACAACUGAAUUUGUCACUUCAAAUAACAGCAAACCGCUGAAGAACAUCGAAGAGUUCUUUGUCGUCCAGCGCCUCUUCCUUGAAAAUUUGAAUUACGAACUCCCCGACUUCGCGGUCUUUGGCGACGAGAAACUGGCGAUCGCAAACGUCGCGUUUCUCCUCAAUUCGUACGACCCCGGGCUUGGGCGACGGGUCGAUUUGUUUAUUAAGCAAAUUGCCUUUGCGAAGAUGAAGAGUGACGAAUGGGAGAAGCAGAGGAAGGAGAUCGUCACAUAUGAACACACACUGGAAAGAGUGAAGAACGAGAAGGUGAAGGAGAACAAACUUGGAGUGAUCUACGGGCAGAAGUCGAAUGAAAAGCACCGAGAAAGUGUUGUAAAGGACGAGGAAAGGAUAGCGAAACUACUUGAAGAGAGUCAACGCGAUGAGGAAGAGUCUUCUAAUGACCUCAAAGAGGACGAAAGAGAAGACAAAGAGAUGAAGAGCGAACUCCUUUGCGCAAAGAAGAAUGAGACGCGGAUCGACGAGUUAACACUUCGGAAAGCACAGAGGAGCCUUCGGCGUGAAGAUCGUGAGCGGCGGAGAAGAGCACGGAAUCGGGUCAUUUGGGAGAUUCUGAUCCGUCAGAGGAAACAAGGUCUGUGUUGGUACUACGACGCACUCUUUGUCUUAGAGGAGAACAAUUUGGAAGAGAACUUUGUCAAUCCGGACGACAAGUACAUCACCGCGUAUUUCUUAAUGUAUUUGGACAUCCGCUUUGUGAAGUACAUCAUUAAGAAUCAAUACGACGUCUUACGAUUACAUAAGGUGGGACGUCUUGAAGUCAAUGAACCACCUACUUGGUUGAGUCAAAUGCCAUUUGUGUCUCCGGAGUCAAAUAACACGCAAAAGACUCAAAUAACGAGUGAGAUCCCAUCAUCUUCUUCGGAAAAAGGCUUAAGUAAAGACUUGCGUAGAAAACCACUCAAAUCAAAGACUAAAAAAGGGAAGGCAGAGACGACGUUUUUACCCGUCGCUAACUUUGGAGACACCACCGCGGAAAGGGUGAAAGAGUCAUUUAAAGAGGUCACUAAGAAAGAGGAGAAGCCACUGGAGUACGUCUCAGUGGACGACGACGGGAAUGUCUGCUUCUUAGAAAAUGGACCUCAAAUUAGUGUCGAGCGGUGUAUGUGGCUCUACCCCGUCUCGUUUUGUAAAGCAAUGUACUUCAACCCAAUGGUCCCCGAUUUCUUAGGGGAAAGAUAUCGGGAAUUGUGGUUGGAUUACUUUGUCUUAUUAUGUGGACAAAACAACGAUUCCUCAUUAGUCGUGUUUAGUAGUCCAAUCACUAAAUUGAACGGCCUUGUCCCGGGAAACCUCUUUUUGUUCAACUCUAUGGACUUCGCUCGACUUGAAAAUUUGCUGCAAAUGAAGAGCAAACAAUUAGAAAUUCAAAAGGAAACGAAUGAGUUGGUGUUCAUGGAAAAACAGGAGGAAUUUGGAGUGAUCAUCCGGAUGUGUUGGAUUUCCUCUUUCCUUGGAAAGUUGGGGAAAAAGCUCUGUGAAAAAGAAGUGAUGAAAAAGAAGACCGAAAACGACGCAAAACUAAAGGUUUUACUUAUCGGAGUGAUCGCACAACUCAAGAAAGAAGUCGGGUUGGAAGAUUCAAAGAAAGAGAAGGAAAAGUUUCGGUCUGAAAUUGUGGAAAGGAAGAAACAGGCCAUCGAACUUCUCCACACGGUCUUAACACAAGUUAAUACUGUACUAUUAGAAGGUGAUAAAAGAACUAACAUUAUUAAUACAAAAAACAAAACAAAAGCACUCCUCUUCUUAGAAAGUGCGGUGACCGUUUUGUCGUCGUAUUCCACAUCAAAUGGGUUUUAUAAUAAAACGAAGGUGUGA